UACAGAGCAGAGAACAUCAGGUUUCUGGCACUUCUCUGCAGGGAGACAGGGAGGCUGUGAGGUCUGCUGAAGAUGUCCGAUAGUCUGGAUAUUGAAGAGAAACCUCCAGCCCCACCGUUGAGAAUGAACAGCAACAAUCGCGAUUCUUCAGCACUAAACCACAGUUCAAAACCGCUCCCCAUGGCCCCUGAGGAGAAGAACAAGAAAGCCAGGCUUCGCUCCAUCUUCCCAGGAGGAGGGGAUAAAACCAAUAAGAAGAAAGAGAAGGAACGUCCGGAGAUCUCUCUUCCUUCAGACUUUGAACACACGAUUCACGUGGGGUUUGAUGCCGUCACUGGAGAAUUCACAGGCAUUCCAGAGCAGUGGGCCAGGCUACUACAGACCUCCAACAUAACAAAACUAGAGCAGAAGAAGAACCCACAAGCAGUUCUUGACGUCCUCAAAUUUUAUGAUUCCAAAGAAACAGUUAACAACCAGAAAUAUAUGAGCUUUACAUCAGGAGAUAAAAGCGCCCAUGGAUACAUAGAAGCCCAUCCUUCGGUGAGUCACAAAACAGCAUCAGAACCCCCGUUAGCGCCUUCUGUUUCUGAAGAAGAGGAUGAAGAAGAUGAGGAAGAGGAAGAUGACAAUGAACCUCCGCCUGUUAUUGCACCACGGCCUGAACAUACAAAAUCAAUCUACACUCGCUCUGUAAUUGAACCUGUCGCUGCACCAGCACCGGCUAAAGAAGCCACAACUCCCCAGCCUGAAAACUCGAACACAAAUACUCUGUACAGAAACACAGACCGGCAGCGGAAAAAGUCCAAGAUGACAGACGAGGAGAUCCUAGAGAAACUGAGGAGCAUAGUGAGUGUGGGAGACCCUAAGAAGAAAUAUACCCGAUUUGAAAAAAUUGGUCAAGGGGCAUCAGGAACUGUUUAUACAGCAAUAGAUAUCGCCACAGGACAAGAGGUGGCCAUAAAGCAAAUGAAUCUCCAACAGCAGCCCAAAAAGGAACUAAUUAUUAAUGAAAUCCUGGUCAUGAGGGAAAAUAAGAAUCCCAAUAUUGUUAACUAUUUAGACAGCUACCUAGUAGGCGACGAACUCUGGGUGGUUAUGGAAUACUUGGCUGGAGGCUCUUUAACCGAUGUUGUUACAGAGACGUGUAUGGAUGAAGGACAGAUAGCAGCUGUAUGUAGGGAGUGCCUGCAAGCACUGGAUUUCCUUCAUUCAAACCAAGUGAUUCACAGAGACAUCAAAAGCGACAAUAUUCUUCUCGGAAUGGAUGGAUCUGUCAAAUUGACUGAUUUUGGCUUCUGUGCUCAGAUCACCCCUGAACAGAGUAAAAGGAGCACAAUGGUCGGGACUCCUUACUGGAUGGCACCAGAAGUGGUGACACGAAAAGCAUACGGUCCCAAAGUUGACAUCUGGUCGCUCGGGAUCAUGGCAAUAGAAAUGGUGGAAGGAGAACCACCUUACCUUAAUGAAAAUCCUCUCAGGGCGCUGUAUCUGAUAGCUACAAAUGGGACACCGGAGCUGCAGAACCCUGAGCGACUCUCUGCCGUGUUUCGCGACUUUCUGAACUGCUGCCUGGAGAUGGAUGUGGACAGGCGAGGGUCUGCCAAGGAGCUUUUGCAGCAUCCAUUUUUAAAAUUAGCCAAGCCUCUUUCCAGCCUGACUCCUCUGAUCAUUGCAGCAAAGGAAGCAAUUAAGAACAGCAGCCGCUAGUGCUUCAGGCUGGCUUUCUCCCAUGCCAGCUCCCUCCAGAGCAGGACUGAGAAAAAAAAAACUCUAUAAAACCUCAACGCUUCUGCUGCAGGACGGAUGGAUGGAUGGAUGGACAGACCAACAGUCGCAGUCAUGGUGGUAGGAGGGGAGAACAACUGUUCUCCAGUCCCUCAAUGAGUAAAAACUUAUCACGUGUCUUCUUCCUGCUUUCUGGCUCCUUAAUUUAUUUUAAAAAUGAAACAGGGCUUAAGACAGAGAGGUAAUGACAGAAAAUGCUUUGCUGCUUCAGCCAUUUCCAAGGUAAAGCAAAUGCAGUUGGAAGAUUCCCUUCCUUCUCUCCCUGUGAAUAAGCUGUACAUUCACUUUUAAAUUGUCAAUUGUUUCUCAAAGAUGCAGAGUCCCUUUUAUGUUAUUUUUUUUAUAUGGUUUGGAAUUGGAGAAGGGUCUUCUUCAUUCAUAACUCCAGACUGCACUGCCUUUUGAAUACAGUCCACUCGCUGGUAUUUGCCCAAUCAUAAUACUUCUAGAUGAGGAAGAAAGUGAAAUUGCAUUUCCAACCAAAACCGAAUCAGGAGUGGAGCAGACAAAAUAUCCUGUUGAGAUACAGGCUUUCAACUGUGAAUAUAUAGUGUUUCUGUUCUUGGCAGUUUGAUUUGUAUAACUAGUUGUAAUAUGGGUGAGAGUCUUACUAAAACGAGAAAGCAGAAAGAUUGGUGUGCUCAGAAAGGGCUUGUGUGAUGCAAAGCUGUAAGAGAUGUGAAGUGAGAGCAGGUCCAGCCUUGCUCAGCGCCGAGCCCCAGCAGAUCCCUUUGCAGAGCACGGAGCAGUGUCUGCAGCCCCGGGCUGGAAGGAGGCGCUCAUAGCAGCGAGCAGCAGCAGCCUGGCGCUGGGUGCUCCCCUUUUCCUGGGACCAGACUGAUCGCCCCCAGUGUCAGAGCCAAACUGGCAGUGGGCUGCUUCUGAGGGUAACUGCAGCCAUGCUUCCCAACGCGCAGACCGGUGGGAUUAGCCCUCUUGGGUUUGUGCGGGAGCAAAGGAGGGAAAAACCGAGCUGGGCGUUGCUGUCACUUGUGAGGACGCCUGCUCCCCUGUCUUCUUGUAGCUCCUGGGAAAGGUCAGUAGCAUCCGUGCCCCUCUUGGCAGAGGGGAAGGCAGCCAGACUGCUCUGCAGGCUCCGUGCAGGUGAGUGUCCUUUAGGUGCACGAGUGCUGUCACAGGAACUGCGACACUGAUGCAAAUGAGUGACGGCUUCCAGGGUUCGGUUCUGCCUGAGCCAGUGCCCCGGACAACUUGGGAAGAAAGUGCAUUUAAACCUGAAGCCUCGCACUGAGCAAGAGCAAAGGUACGAAAUGCAGAGUAGAUUGCUGAAACAUUUAGAGCCAUAAAACCCACCUGCUUUCUGCUCUCCAGCAUACAGCAGGCACUGCUGAAUGCAGUUCUGAGUUGCUGAGGGAGAGUGAAUCCUGAAUGUGACUGAGGAUUGCGCUCAACUAGUCAGCUAAUUUGUAAGGGAGCAGAACAGUUGUAGUAUGCCGUUUGUGUUUUAUUUAUUCUUUUCUGAAAGAAAGUAGGAGUGCAGCUUCACUCAGAAAAAGCACUUGUAUGGGAUAUUUGUUGCUGUACUUUAUUGGUACAACUAAUCAAAGACCUCCAAAACAGCAUUUAAAUCAACACUUACCUAAUGAGCAAAAAAAUGAGUAAAACAGCUUUCUGCUGUAGUCUGUCAUGUUUAGGCCUGGUCCUGCAAGGGGCUAAGCAGACUUUAAGGUACUAAAAACCUUCCUGUUUUGCCGGUACGAAUGAAGGAUGUUUGGGCUACUCUUGAAUUAGGCUAUUAGCUUGUUUGGUUUUGGCUUCUUAUUUAGUCACAGUCUUUGUGUUGCAAAUGUCGUUAAUACUGCCUACUAACCCACCCUCACUCGCUCUGUCCAUCCCAGUGUCUUUGCUGAGGCAACAGGGAGAGGCGAUGCUCGUUAAGUUACCACAGCUAGGUACAAAUUAGCUUCUGGUGUCCUGGGGAGUACAACAGGUUUGAUUUUCAGAUACCCAAAUAUUGAAAAGAUUCUGCUGCUUUUGUGAGGCCGCAUUUUUCUCUGUCAGCUCAAGCUAUCUACCUGGGAGAUAAGCUUCCUUGAGAAAAAAAGAGCGACUGGGACUUGAGAAGGGCUGCCCUCCAUUUGUAAAGCAUUAAUCUGAAUGAAACAUGUUUGUAUUCCAUGUCAGAAGUGAAGAAACAAGUGACAGUUUCUCUUUCCAGUAAUGCUUUUAGUUUAUCCUACCCACAAAGGAACUGACAGCCGUCCUUUGAAAGGAAAGCACUUUUUUAUGGUACACGUUUGCUGGACAUACGAGAUACUUACAUUGACAGACUACACUACUUGAUUGGUUUUUUUUUCCUAUUUAUUUUCUUUAACAAUAAGUUUCUCAGCAUCUCUACUUUCCAGAAAAACUUCACAAGGAUAACAAAUAAAAAUAGGAAAUUGGAUAUUAGUAUUAUUUUUCUGAUCAUUGUAUGUUCCGGAAUACAGAAUACUGUUGACACUGGCUUUUUAAAUACAACUGCUUUAAUAAGAGGCCUUAGUUUUUAUUUUAUUAAAUUCUAUAUUUAUUUUUCUUUGCAUCAGCAAAUCCAGAGAUUUUUCUGCUAAAAAAAAAUUCUGUGAGGCAGAAAGGGUUCAACAGAAAUCAUCUCUGCCAGUGGUUCUUUUCUGCAUGGACUGUAAUUGCCCAGCUGAGAAUGUUUUAUGUACAGGGAAGCUCACCUCCAGCAUCUGGAGGCACCAGGCUUUGUGCUUAAGACAGUCUCAGGCACUAAAAUCUGAGUCACUAGAUACUGAAGGGUGGCGGCUGCUUUUAUCAUUUCCCAACUCUGAUAGGAAAUGUGGCAUAUUAAUAUUAAAAAAAAAAAAAUCUGUCCUGAGCUGGGUAGGUCUUGUACAUUAUUUACAGGUGCAAGAAGUAAGUUAGGAUUGACAAUAGUGUUGACCUUCCAGAAAGAGAAGAGGCUAAUAUUAUAAAAUCUCUGGAAUUAUCUCGGUUUUUUUUGGACUGCUAUCUUCAGAUUAAGCAAUUAGUUUACAUAUAUUUUUGAAAGUAUUAGAAAUAGGCUGUUUCUGUUGUUAAAUGCAUAGGUAAAUGUUAAAUACGUUUCAAACACUUUCAUUCCAAGAUUUUAAAAGACUGGUUAUUUGUGUUUAUUUUUAACUUCAUUAAAUGGUUAAAGAAAAUGAAAACAAAAAAA